UGUCCCUGCGGAGUCUACAAGAGCUGGGUCGGCAUCCAAUAUUCGGUGCGGGACGGGUCUCGUAGACAACCCACUACAUGUUUGCGGGUACUGGAAGCAGUCCAUUUCGGUCGGUGACGAACUGAAUAUUUGAAUCCCCAAGAAAAUCAGUGACCGGCUGCCUUUGCACUACAGCGUGGUCGGAGAGAGCGAGAGAUAAGAGUGAGUGAUGGCUCGAACAGUGCAAAAUGAGAACAAGGCUGGGACCUUCUUCUUGGCUACCCUGGUGCUUUGGUUCGUGUCGGUUUGCUUCGAAAUAGUUUUCAACAACCGCAAGGAGCUGCUGUGUGUCAUCGCUGGCUGUUGCUUUUUCCAAACGGCCAACUGGGUCAUCCGCUUUUGCCUCUCUCGGGACCCUCUCUUCGUCAACACCUCCGUCUCUCUCCUCCACUCCUCCAUCACCUCCGUCUCUGUGAUAUUCAUUUUGGUUAAUCAGUGGUUAAAAGUUGGACCAAAUGGAAUGUUUGAGCACUCACAGCUGUUUGGGGGUACUUGGCCAUGGGCAUAUCCUGCUUUGUGUUUCUCAUGUGGUUACUUUGCAUAUGAUCAGUUGGAUAUGCUGCAUUACCGGUUAUACAGUGGUUGGAUCCCUGCCAUCUUAGUCCAUCAUCUAAUACUCCUAAUUUGCUUUACUCUUGCUUUAUAUCGAAAUGUCACCAUCAACUACCUUAUUCUCACUCUCGUUUGUGAGCUGCAUUCUAUAUUUCUUCAUGUGAGGAAAGUAAGACGAAUGGCUGGGAUUCGUGAUGCCAAGAGAAAAAUUGUAAAGAUAGAAUGGGUGCUUAAUUGGGUCACUUUCAUUUUAGCAAGGGUUGUAUCCCAUGUUCUAAUCACCGCCAAGCUCAUCAGAGAUGCUCAUAAGUUCGGACAGGGCGUCGAGCUGCCGCUCGCCUUAUUUGGGAUGGCCGGAAUGAACUUGCUUAAUAUUUUUCUUGGCAUUGAUCUUUUCAAUGCUUUUAGGAGAGAAAAUGGUCGUCGCCAUCAUGAAUCACAGAAGGAAGGGUAAAAAGGGUUAUACUGUAUCUUAUCUUCUAUCAUUUGUUAUAUUCAUUUUGCAUAGGAAGUUGUCAGCAAAGAAUGAAAUUCAUUGAGAAAGAAAUUAGCGAUGUAUAUUUUCUUAGAGAGAUGAGAAAAAAUAAAUAAAUCUUUGAAAUCAGAA